GGUCCGCUUCCGUGUCGCAUUUCACUUCAAUAUGGCUUCAUUAGCGACGGCCUGAGGAGAAACUUCGCUCCCUCACAACCUCUCGACUUUAUCACUUUUGGAAGUCGUUAAACGGAUAAAGAAGAUUUGGGAGGUCUGUUCAAGAGAUUGUUUUAGUUGUAAGGUCAUGGUGAGCAGACGCUGACCAGCUAGCUCAAGUUUUCAGCGUGGGCUUCGGCCGUUAUGCAUGGUACUGCAGUCUAAUGCCAUCUCUCUCCAUUCCGCCUGCCAUGGACGGGCAAAGCUACUCGCAUUCAGAGGGAUCUCACGUGAACACGGGAGGAUUCGUCAUGGCGCCCCCUCUGCCCCACGUGUUCCCCAACAACCAUUGGAGCUUCGCACAUCAGGCUUACGGCAUGCCCUGUCCUGUGCAAUCUGAUAACCAACCACUGCUCAACGGCACAUCAGACAUGCUGACAGAUUUUUACAUUCCUGACUUUGACUUCUCCAGCUUGGGUUUUCCUCGGAUCGGAGACCACCUUCAGGACCUCAGUCUGGAGGAUCUGUCUAUCCUCUCAUCUCCAAAAGAUUCUUUGUCUGAAUAUCUUCCUCAAGAUUCUUCCUUCCUCACGGACAACAUGGCACCCAACGUGCCUACGUUAUGGGACAUCAACACACCAGCAACAGACCAGGAGAUGAAUUCUAACCGGUUUCAAGGUUUCAAGUCUUUGGACGACAUCACCGCCGCUAUUAAUCCACCACUCAUAGGGAGUUAUCAGAGACCCCAAACACAGCCAGAAGAGGAAGAGGAAGUAGAGGUGGAGGAGUCUGAAGAGCUGGGUCACGUUGAUACCUAUGCCGACUACAGGCCCUCUAAAUCCAAGAUAGGAAUAUCCCAUCCAGACCGUGUGGUUGAAACCAACACUUUAUCCAGUGUUCCUCCUCCAGAUAUCACCUACACCCUGUCUAUCCCAGAGGACAUCAUAAACAACGGCCAACUCUCUGCUUUGCAGCUGGAGGCCAUCAUUUACGCCUGCCAGCAACAUGAAGUGAUUUUGCAGAACAAACAGCGAGCCGGUUUCCUCAUAGGGGACGGCGCAGGAGUGGGGAAGGGCCGGACGGUGGCCGGGAUCAUUUUAGAAAACUUUUUAAAAGGAAGGAAGAAAGCGCUGUGGUUCAGCGUCUCCAAUGAUCUGAAAUAUGACGCAGAGAGAGAUCUCCAAGACAUCUCCGCAUCUAACAUACAAGUGCAUGCAUUGAAUAAGAUUAAGUACGGGGACACAGCUACAGCUACCUCAGAAGGGGUCUUGUUUGCAACCUACUCCGCAUUGAUCGGGGAGAGUCAGGCGGGUGGCCAGCACAGGACGCGUCUCAAUCAGAUCCUAGACUGGUGUGCGCCGGAUUUCGAUGGCGUUAUUAUAUUCGACGAAUGCCACAAAGCCAAAAAUGCCUCAUCCACAAAGAUGGGCAAGGCUGUGCUGAAUCUGCAAGACCAGUUGCCGCUAGCCAGAGUGGUUUACGCUAGCGCCACAGGCGCCUCCGAGCCAAAGAACAUGAUUUACAUGAGCCGUCUGGGAAUUUGGGGAGAGGGAACCCCCUUCAAAACUUUUGAAGAUUUCCUCCACGCCAUCGAGAAGAGGGGCGUGGGGGCCAUGGAGAUCGUUGCCAUGGAUAUGAAAGUCAGCGGGAUGUACAUUGCACGUCAGCUCAGCUUCUCAGGGGUUUCGUUCCGCAUAGAAGAGAUCAGCUUGGAUGAUGACUUCAAAGUUGUGUACAACAAAGCUGCCAAACUUUGGGCAGAAGCUCUGGCCUUGUUCAUGCAAGCAGCGGAUGAGUUGUGCAUGAGCUCCAAGAAGUCUCUCUGGGGUCAGUUUUGGUCAUCUCACCAGCGUUUCUUUAAAUACCUCUGUAUUGCCGCUAAGGUGCGCUGCCUGGUGGAGUUAGCUAAAAAAGAGCUGGAGGCCGGAAAGUGCAUUGUGAUCGGACUACAGUCGACAGGUGAGGCUCGAACCAGAGAAGUCCUCGACGAAAACGACGGACGCUUGGACAGAUUCGUUUCUGCUGCUGAGGGUGUGUUUCAAUCGCUGGUUCUCAAACACUUUCCAUCAGAGAAGCAGAGGAGAGAAAAGGGAGCAGGAAACAAAAGGAAACGUAAACCACGCGGCAGACAGCCCAAACAACCCAAACACUGCACCGACGCCACCGGAGUGAUCAGCAUCAGCGAUGACAGCAGCACGGAGUCCGACGCCCUGGACAGCGACUUCAACUCAUCGCCCGACUCGGUUCAGGACAACAACGAUGAUGUCAUCUUUGUCCAUCACACUAGUUCUCAAAUGGCACGGUUAGAGGAAAAGAAACAAGGGCUUCUCAAUAAAAUCGCUGAGCUUGGAAAAGAACUACCUCUUAAUACACUGGAUGAGCUCAUAGAUAAAUUCGGAGGUCCAGAAAAAGUGUCAGAGAUGACGGGCCGAAAAGGCCGAGUGGUACGUCAGCCCGACAGCAGCGUUCGGUACGAGUCGCGUGCUGAGCAAGGUCACACCAUCGACCAAAUCAACAUCAAAGAGAAAGAUCGCUUCAUGAAUGGAGACAAGUUGGUGGCCAUCAUAUCAGAAGCGGCCAGUUCAGGGAUCUCAAUUCAGGCCGAUAGAAGGGUGAAGAAUCAGCGUCGGAGGGUUCACAUGACCCUUGAGCUGCCCUGGAGCGCAGACAGGGCCAUUCAGCAAUUUGGUCGCACUCAUCGUUCCAACCAAGUCACGGCUCCGGAGUACAUCUUCCUUAUUUCCGAAUUGGCGGGCGAGAGGCGCUUCGCAUCCAUUGUAGCAAAGAGACUGGAGAGCCUGGGAGCUCUGACCCACGGUGAUAGAAGAGCCACCGAAUCAAGAGAUCUAAGCAAAUACAACUUUGAAAAUAAAUAUGGCACCAAAGCCCUAGAUAAGAUAACCAAAGCCAUCCUCGGUCAGACUGAAAGCAAGGUACCCCCACCAAAAGACUAUCCGGGUGGUGACGCCAUGUUCUUUAGAGACAUGAAACACGGUAUGAAGGACGUAGGAAUGCUCUGCAGUCAGCCACGCUUGGGCAUCAACACUGAGAAAGACUGCAACAUCACCAAGUUCCUGAACCGGAUCUUGGGCCUGGAGGUGUAUAAACAAAACUCCCUCUUCCAGUAUUUCAUCGACAACUUUGACUACUUGAUCGAAAAGGACAAAAAAGAGGGAAAUUACGAUAUGGGGAUAUUGGAUUUGGCUCCAGGUAAUGAUCAGAUCUAUGAGGAGACGCAAGAGAAGUUCCUAACUGCUGGAAACCCUCAAGACGGACAAGUAGUCCUUUAUAAGAUAAGUGUAGACAGAGGCAUGACAUGGGUGGAGGCUCUCGACAAGUUUCAAGCGCUCACCAACCCGGAUGAAGGCUUCUACUUAUCCAACAUGUCCAGAGGUAGCCAUCCGUGCGUGCUGCUAGCCGUGCAGGGCAGAGGAUUCCACAUGACCAUCUACAAACCAAACAUCGGCAAGCAGGCCCAACCGGAAAGCCUUGAAAGCCUCCAGAAAAAAUAUCGCAAGGUCAGUCCAGAGGAUGCCAAAGAAAGCUGGGAAAAUCAUUAUACGUUCUCCUUCAAGAAGUGUAGCCACGUUAAUAGGAACGGGAGGUGUAAAAGGGUGGAAGAGGGUCACGAGUGCUUGAUGGGGACUCGGUUGCGUCAGUACCACAUGUUGUGCGGCGCCCUGCUGCGCGUUUGGAAGCGGGUGUCCGACGUGGUCUCUGAUGUCACCAACACGAGCAUCCUGCAGAUUGUCCGUCUCAAGACCAAAGAUAGCAACAAACAAGUUGGUAUUAAAAUCCCAGAGACCUGCGUGGCAAAGGUGCGCCAGGAGCUAUUAAAAAUGGACAAUGAGGUGAAGCAAAAGCGGAGGGAAAAGGAGCAGCGAGCGCAGGAAGAACACCAAAGGCUUUUGGAACAACAAUACAUGACUGCUUUCUUCGCCCCUCCUAGCUUGGGCAGCCUGCCAUCUCCAUUCAUGACCUACACUCAGAAGAACCCUCUAGAGGAGAUCCUGGACCUUAGCCGUACCUCCGCCCCCACCCAAGUUAGCGCGCCGGCCACCCUGAGCGUGGACGAUCUCUCCGGUCCACCCGGAUCCACACCGGAUGAAUUUGACAUAGAAGAGUUUUUCCAACAAACACACCAGGAGAGCCAGGUCGCACUGCAGAGCAAUCCAGCACGGGACAAAGAACUGCUGGACAUGUUGAUCUCCUUCAGCUCACAAACCCAAAACAUCACUUCCACCGCAGAAACACCUUCAUCCGUACCCAUGAUGUCAGUGAUUGUCCCCUCUCCUUCGGUCUUGCCUCCCUCCUCUUCCCUCUACACGCCUACACUCACGCCUUCCUCCUCUUCUUCCUCGUUAUCGCUCACCUCCCUCUCCCCUACAGUACCCAACGGCCACUGCAGCUCCGAUGCCCUCAUAAACGCACGGGAGGUGUUAGACAACAUGCUGCGUGGUGAACCUCGCAACUCUGUCAUUCAUUACCCACUACCUGAGUGAGACCAUGAGGUCUGUCGCUCCUUUAAAAAAGACAAUCUCAGGGCUGUAGUCUCACCACUGCCGACUGACAUUCAGAUCAGUUCAUGGGAGUAACCGCUGUCUUUCCCGAGUGGAUUUCGCCAAGCUGUGUUGUUAAUCCGGUGGAUUAAGGGAUGUCGCGAAUGACAUAUGCUGGUUAGGGGUUUCAGGGUCUCAGUCACCAAAGGUCUUAAACAACUUGUUUAUUGCUCAUUCAAUAAAGUUUGUCCUACUUACAAGCAUUUAUUGAAGUUGACACACCAGGUAAAACAUCGCAUGGGUAGUUAGGAAAUUUAAGACACCAGGCCUUAAAAAAGCAUCGAUGUACCCGAGCAGGUCGGUCAAAUAUUGGUGGAAUAAAAUCGCAUCAAACUAAAUAUUUAGUUUGGUUCCCCUGCUUCCAAUUGCAACGUUCAGUUUGCGUCAAACAAUCAUUUUAGUUCAUAAUAAAAAAAAACACUUUUCUUGAAAAGCAAGAGGAUGGGCUACUGUUGACACGUGCCUUUGGAUCUAAUACAGCCGAAUGUCGAUGCUUCAACGCAUUUUGUGUUUGUUUUCUAUUUAUUGUCGUUAUUUAUCUGUGCGCUAGCAAAAAAUUGUAACGCCGUACAAUUCACGUUUUGUUUAUAGCUGUGCAUCUGUUGUUUCAAAGUAAAACAGCCUUGCUGUGCACAAUCAGACGAUAUAUUUGAUUUAUUCGUAAAAAAAAUCCAAAUCUCAUCUGGUCCACCGUAUUUAGCAAUAAAAGACUUUUAGUUUGAAGCCCUGAUUUAAUGUUUAAGAAACAACUAAAUAUAAUAUCGCAAAUAUUCAUAUAUAUAACCUAUAUAUGAGGAGAGUAUAAGGAUUACUUGAUUAUUAUUUUUAUUUAAUUUUAAAGGGACAACUUUAUAUAUUGUUACUAUUUUAGGUACUAUUUUAUUUAAUUUGUCUAGAUUUGAACAGACAAUAAUCUAGCUUGUUAAAAACACAGCUCUGUUCUGAACCGCUUUUUCUUAUUGUCUAUUCGUUAUGCAAUUAAAAACUUUUUUAUAAUAUUAAACCCAAAUAUUAAUAUAAAUUGAGUUUACUGGCCUCAUGGUGUAUAGCCACUCGCCAUCUCAGGAUAAAAUCUAUAAAACAUUCAGAGUUUUUAUAAAUUUAUGUUUGUGUACACCAUAUAUGUAUUGUAUGUGUUAAGGUUCUUCUUGUUUGUCAAAUCAUUUAUGAUAACUGAUCAAAUGUUAUUUAUUUAUCUAUCCGAUUCUGUGCACAAAUUUCUUAUUUUUUUUUCAACGUAGACAAUUUUUCUAUUCAGAUUUGCACUUUUUGUGUGUGAAAUUAGUCCUGCAUGUAACACGAUUCCCAUUAGACUGUCAAGUAUUGACUUAUUUACUCAUUUUCUUUCGUCGCUAAAUUGUAUCGCAUUAUUCGAAAAACUAACCCCGCUUGUUAUGCACUCUUACAACGCGUUUUAUUCUAAAAUGAAAGCACUAGUGAGGCCAUGUAAAAGGGACAAAGUCAAAGCUUAACUUCUGUUACUAACAGAUCGAACAUUUGUAUGAUUUGCACUAAAACAGCAUAAUGAUCGUUCAUCUGCUCUGUGAUACUGCCAUGUUUGUUUGCUCCAGGGCCAUGCUACUGACUGUAUGUAUCUUUAAAUGUUUUAUUCUUAUGUUCUUCUGUUGGCACUUUUGUUGGUUAUGCCUUUUUAUUUUCUAUAUUUAUAAUUUAGAUCCAGUUGUAUAUAGUGUAAAAACAGAUUGUGCCUUUCAACUGUUUCUUAAAGAAAUCGUUUUCUACUUGUAUGUAUGGAAAGGAACAUAUUACAGUUCAAACUUUGUUAAUGACAAAGCAAAAAAUAAAAUGUUCAGAUUCUUGA